GUCAUAUUAUGAUGUAACUGGGUUCUGAUCAAUUAACCGUGCAAAGAGCGAGUCGGCUACAACAUGCAAUCAUAAUUACGGGGCAAGGUAAUAAGAGCGAUUUUAAAGUCACAAAGUUGUCAGAAAGUUAUUCUUUAACAGACGUUUUGCAUCAAAGUUAGUUUUUAGCAUUUUCGAAGUGUAUAGCUUAAUUUAAAAGAUACAGUCUUUAACGAGUAUUUAUUUGUCGCACCAAAGCUAUCCUUUGACCUCCUAAAGUCGUACGGUUGUACGGAACUAUUUUUUCAAGAAUUAUAUUUAUCCAUCGAAAAAAAUAGAAUGCCUAUUUCUUAACUCCUUGAAUAAUAAUGACUCUAAAAUCAUAAGGAUAAAAUUACUACUCUCGGAUCGUUUUGGAAUUUCGUCCUCUGAGAGAGGAUAAAAUUAGACGCUGUAUUUUUCCUGCGAUUUCGCGCUUCAAAUUGGCCGAUCACCUUUUGAUGCAAUUAUAUCGCGAAACGAGAUUUAUAUCGCGCGAAAUUUAUAUCGUGGCGUUAGACGGUGCACAUUAUAGUAGCAACGAGUCGCACACAGCUGCAACGUUUUAUUUGACCGCACGAAAGGCGAAGUUAAUUAAAGUUCGCGAGAGGGAUGGAGAUCGAUAUGAAUUAUACGCGGCAGCCGCGCGAAAGGAAGACGAAUGCCGGAGAUUUUCCAUUGUCAGAACUCGCCGUGAUGCUAGGUACGGAAAUUGUUAGCCUGAAAAAUAGAAAAUAAAUAAUCGAAAAAAGCCAGGAAAAAAUUUCGAUUUUUUUUCUACAAAUAUAGCUUCGUAACCGUGAACAAAUAUCGAAGAAAAUUAACGAAACUGCGAAAAUCAGAAAUUUUUUACAGAUCUGUAGAAAGAGAGAUGAAUUGAAAUUAUUUUCCGAUGCUUCAAUAUUAUAUCUCUAAAUAUUGUAUCUAAAAAUUUAUUAUUAUAUAACUUAUAACAACUUCAAGCACGCUUUACGUGGCUUGUCAAAUUCGGAUUUUAAUUAUCUGAUCAAUCAUUUGAGUGGAUUAUUCGCGUAAUGAGGCUCGUGUUUUUUUAUGUGUCGAAUUAUCUGGAGUAUCGAGGUGUCUCUGUUUUAACCGCGGUUCUCGUUGAUUAACACAAAAUCAUGUUGAUGUACGCGAGCGAAGAUUUUGGAAAUUGGCAGGCAGCCUAAGACCUUCUCUCUACAGGCGGCCGAUAGUAUUUUGGCCGCCGUCACAAUGGUGCCGUCGGUGUUCGUCUCGUCUCGUCAGUGCGAAGCGAGACUUUCGGAACGUGAAUAGAGGGCAAGAGUUGGGCCUCGCAGAAGUAAACCGCGAUUCGGCCGUCACGGUAGUUUCGCGGUGCCCCUCGUUCGAGUUGCGUUACAGACAGUCGUAAAUCCCGAGAUAAAGUGGCAUUACGUGAAAUUCUGAAAGUUUCUCGGAAAAACAAUUCCCUGCGGUAAUCGCACGACCGAUUCAAUGAUCGACGUUGCAUGGUGAAUUUUUUGAAAGUGGCAUGCGUGAAAUUUGAAAAAAAUUCCGCGAAAAUAGCUCCGGUGGCGAUUGCACAACCCGAGUCGAAUUACGGCGAUAAUUGGUCGAAGCUCCGCUCGGUGAAAAUCUUGUACAUUUUCCAAUUCUGAUCUAAUUCGAUCUGUUAGAUUGGUAAGAAAUCGUCGGUAGUGCGAUUUGCAACGCUGCAUCGCGUGACUCGGGGGCGAGCUGAGAAAAAUGUCGAUCAGAGGUGUGACCACUUCGGAGAGCGAAACGUUCCUCGGUUCCUUGCGCCUGUCGAAUUUUCUGAUCGAUCUGGAUGAAUUUUACGAAGGUAGCGAGAGCCCAGUUUUCGGCAUCGAGGGUGGUGCCAGCGGUGCAGCCGCUAGCACUGGCUUGAGACUUGCAUCCCACGAGUUGCCGAAUGAGAUUUCGGCACCCUAUGAAGUACCUCAAUUCCCGAUCGAACAGAUCGAGAAGAAGCUCUUGAUCCAACGACAACUGACAGUCAAAGCUGCAAAGGAUCUUGAGGAACGUCGCAGUCAUUACGAGCCGUCGCUGCAUACAGGCGUUCCCGAUGACAUCGAUCAUAGCUUUAAAAUCGAAGAAAAUGAUUUCGUGCCUCAUUUUCAACGAGUCUCCGUAUCCGGCGAGGACACUUCCGGAGUACCUCUGGAAGAUCUUCAAAGGGCCUCUAAGAUGUUGGUGCAGGCGUUGGCGAUACGCGAAAAAUACAUGAACAACUCCAAGCAGAGCUUCCCCACUAUUCCCUCUAGAUUCUUGCGCAGUAUCGAUAAACGGCCGCUCACCACGGACGAUGAAGUUCACCACGACGAUCGCAAGGCCAUCAAAGGGAAUGAGCUGCUGGAUAUUGCGAAUGAAAUCGAAGACACUCAAUCCGAAACGGACAUCGACGCGCUGAUCAAAAACAUCAGUCGGACAGGUCUUCCUAAUCACCCGGUACACGCGCCCGCCUCUCGGGGCGAUCCGUGGGAAUGCGAGUUUCCACCGACGAAGAACUACAAGAUCGUACCGGUCAACGGCGUGUUCAACCUGUUCGCGAGUGACGAGGACCUGGCCAACGGCAAGCCGCUCCCGUAUUCGUAUCCGGACCUGGCGACCUUCGUCCGGGACAUGAACCUCCUCUGCGUCAUGAUCGCCGACGGACCCUUGAAAUCCUUCUGCUACCGAAGACUGAGUUACCUCUCCUCCAAGUAUCAGCUGCACGUGCUGCUAAACGAGCUCAGGGAGCUGGCGAGUCAGAAGGCCGUGCCGCACAGGGACUUCUACAACAUCAGAAAGGUCGACACUCACAUACACGCGGCUUCAUGCAUGAAUCAAAAGCACCUGCUUAGAUUCAUCAAGAAAACGUUGAAGAAUCACGCCGACGAAGUGGUCACUUGUUCCAAAACCGGCGAGACCAUGACACUCCGCGAAGUCUUUCAGUCCAUGAAUCUGACGACCUACGAUCUGAGCGUCGACAUGCUGGACGUGCAUGCAGACAGGAACACGUUCCACAGAUUCGACAAGUUCAACGCGAAGUACAAUCCCAUCGGCGAGAGCCGCCUGCGUGAAGUUUUCCUCAAGACCGACAACUUUCUGAACGGCACGUAUUUCGCGCGGAUAAUCAAGGAGGUCGCGAGCGAUCUUGAGGAGUCCAAGUAUCAGAACGCGGAGCUGCGUCUUUCGAUCUAUGGCAAGAGUCCAGAGGAGUGGGACAAGUUGGCUAAGUGGGCGAUCCAGAGCGACGUCUAUUCGGAUAACGUGCGCUGGCUCAUACAGAUUCCUAGAUUAUACGAUAUCUUUAAGCUGAACAAGCUCAUGACGAACUUCCAGGAGAUUAUCAACAACAUCUUCCUGCCGCUCUUUGAAGUAACCAACGAUCCCAAUUCUCAUCCGGAGCUGCAUAAAUUUCUUCAAUACGUAAUAGGUUUCGAUUCCGUGGACGAUGAAAGUAAGCCGGAAAAUCCUCUCUUCGAUAAAGACGUUUGCCCACCCGCAGAAUGGGACGACAUAGAGAACCCGCCGUACGGAUAUUACCAGUACUACACUUACGCGAAUAUGACGGUCCUCAAUCACUUUAGAGCGGAACAAGGCUUCAAUACAUUUGUCCUGAGACCUCACUGCGGCGAAGCGGGACCAGUUCAACAUCUCGUGUGCGGCUACAUGAUGGCGGAGAACAUUUCGCACGGCCUAUUACUCCGAAAAGUUCCCGUUCUGCAGUACCUGUACUACCUGGCGCAAAUCGGCAUCGCUAUGUCGCCGCUGAGUAACAAUUCGCUUUUCCUCAACUAUCACCGUAACCCGCUUCCAGAAUACCUUGCUAGAGGACUGUGUAUAAGCUUGUCCACGGACGAUCCUCUCCAGUUUCAUUUUACCAAGGAACCCCUAAUGGAAGAAUAUAGUAUUGCUGCGCAAGUGUGGAAACUCAGUUCGUGCGACAUGUGCGAGCUAGCACGCAAUUCCGUACUCAUGAGCGGCUUUCCGCAUAAGAGUAAGCAGUACUGGCUGGGACCUAAUUAUACGAAGGAGGGGGUCGCUGGUAACGAUAUCACUCGGACCAACGUACCGGACAUACGAGUGGCCUAUCGAUACGAAACCUUGGUUGACGAACUGUCUAAUAUCUUCAAGGUCGUGGAGAAACCUGAGUCACUUCCGUUUUAAUAACCAAUUAUUAUUUGGAUUUUAAUCAAACCGAUGGGAAAAUGAUUAUCGUGAAAUAAUGUUCAACUCAACGAUCGACGAAUUAUGAUUAUUCGUAUGAUUUAUUCUUGUGAUUUCUGAUUUUUUUAUGUUGACUACAGAAUGUUUUUUUUUUUCGAACAUUCGCGAAUUCACAAGCAAAAAAAAAUUUUUUUAAAAAUAUAAUUACAAUUGCUCCUUUUCCUCUUGACACGUCAAGAGUAUAACUCGAGGAUAAAACUUUAACAACAUCGAUCGAAUUCAUAUAUUUUAGAUAAAGUACAAUAUCAAGUGAUCUAAAAACAUGUAUCUUAUAUAUCACAGACUUUUCAACGUGAAAAUGCACUUGAGAUAGUAAUAUGUAAUCGCGUGACUAACGGAAUGCGAGACUACCGUGAUUAUAAAUAGAUAAAGGGCCAAUGUAAUAUUUCGCCAUUACAAUCCUUUACUAAAUUAUGGAAUCAGUAUCUGAAUUGAUUCCACAAUUUAUUAUAAAAAUCCAUAAUCGUUGCUUAGACAAAUUAUGAACUUUACAUGUGUAUCGUUCAUCUUUCAUCCUUUUUUUACGACUACAAUCGCAAGAGUAAAUCAAUCAGAAAUUAUACAUAUACGUUGACCAAUUUAAUAAUAGCUGUUAGAAGAUAUUUCUUCUAUCGUUGCAACGUUCAUAAUAACACAUUAGGCGUACGUAAUUGUAAUACAAAGUACUAGGCUAGAAAAACGAAUAUUACGUUCAUUUACCUUGACGUUAAGCUCGUGAUAAAGUAAAUCCGUUUUAUCAUAUCUCGGCUGUGUACGGCGACAGCGGUACCUCUUUCUUGGAUUUUAGCUUUAUUUUCUUACAUUUUUGUACAUUUAUAUCGUAAUCGUGUAUGACGUUUAAUUGUUUCGACGAGCAAUUCAUACAGCUGGCUCGUAUGCGGAUAGUUAACUCGUGCCAUUGUACACCCUUCUCUCCAUACAGGUAGAUAGUGUAAAUAGGCGAUUAAUUUAAUUAGAUUGUAACUAAGGUAUUUUACGAGCUAUAAACAUGCGUGCCAAGGUAUCAUGCAACGAUAUACCUAAACAUGUCUCUUAUUAUUUUAGCUUUGUGGCUCUUUUAUGAUUUUUUGCGUCUGCCAUUUUCCGAGAGACCUUUCCGAACAACGAGCCGAAGUGGAUUCAAAUUAAGCGAUAUACGAUCAUCUAUAAACACUCGAAAACACUGUGCCCUAAAUACCGAAUUUAAAUUAAAUUGUUGCUAGAUAGAAAGAUAUAUAUUUAUUGUAAAAAAAAAAUAUAUAUAUAUAUACUAUAAAUAAACGGAAAUAUACUUGCAUCGUUAAAACCGAA